CUCGCCGGGAAUUGCUGCAUCGAGUAGUAGAUAUACUUGCUACCUAUGCUAGGGUGACUGUCGACUUCUUAAAAGGCAAGGGAAAUCGUUCUCAGUUUCUGCUUUGUCGAAGCAGGGUGGUGUAAGAUUAUUUUACCUGGAACUUAUAAUCAAAAUGGAUGCUUUAACGAAAAUGUUCUCGCUCGCGGGCAAGACGGCGGUAGUAACAGGUGGGACAAGAGGAAUAGGCGCAACCAUGGCGCUGGCACUGGCAGAGGCUGGUGCCGAUAUCAUUCUCGUUCAGAGAGAUGAAAGCAACAAGAAAACAUACAACCAGAUCCAGCAGCUCGGGAGGAAAGCGACCAUCAUCACAGCAGACCUCUCGGAUCAAUCGUCAGUAGCUGAGAUCAUUCCCAGCCUGGCAAAAGCUGGACACGACAUGCAUAUUCUCUUGACGUGUGCCGGGAUCCAGAAGAGGCAUCCGGCACACCAGUUUCCCCUCGAAGAUUGGAACGCGGUAUUACAGGUCAACCUUACGACGGUGUUCACGUUGUGCCGCGAUUUCGGAGCAUAUCUCUUGUCUAAACCAGAACCCACUUCAGGAUCUCGAGGGAGCAUCAUCAAUGUCGCUUCUCUUCUCACAUUCCAAGGAGGAAUCACUGUGCCAGCAUAUGCAGCUUCGAAAGGUGGUGUCGGACAGCUGACCAAAGCAUUGAGCAACGAGUGGGCGAGCAAGGGAAUUCAGGUCAAUGCGAUCGCGCCAGGAUAUAUCGAUACCGACAUGAACGAGGCUCUCAUUGCGAACGAGACCAGGGCAAAGCAAAUCCUGGAGAGAAUACCGGCCGGCCGAUGGGGAAAGCCCGAGGACUUCAAGGGUGCAGUCGUCUUUCUGGCGAGCAAUGCAAGUGCGUAUGUGAGUGGAGAGGUGUUGACGAUAGACGGAGGCUGGAUGGGUCGGUAGAAGGGAGUAAAUAGGAGUUCUGUUUUCCGGUUAGCAGCUCGAGGACUCAGUUACUGUCCUGCCUCAAGAGCAAGAGCUCGUUCGAAGUACCUACCAGGUACCCAUUGUUGAGUACAGAGUACGGAUACGAUCGAGAAAAAGCGCAGGAAUUAAAAAGACAAUACGAAAGAGAAAACAUUGUCAUUUGAAGGACAUUGCC